AUGUUUCUUCUUUCUUUGUUUCUUUCUUUCUUUGUUUCUUUCUUUCUUUCUUUCCUUCCUGCCUUCCUUCCUUCUUUCAUUCAUUCAUUCUUUCUUUCCUUUCGUUUUUCUACCCUUCCGUUUUUCUACUGUAUUUUGUUUUCUUCUUUUUUACAUUCCGUUUUUUCUAUCAUCCCCCCUCUCUCUAUUUCUUUCUUUCUUUCUUUUCUUUCUUUCUUUCUUUCUUUCUUUCUUUCUUUCUUUCUUUCCAUUUCUACCCUCCUAUCUUACUUUUUAUCAUACUUUUACCUUUUCUCUUUUUACCUUUCGUUUUUCUACUGUACUUUGUUUCUUUUACCUUCCGUUUUUUUUUUCUAUCAUCCCCUCUCUCUCUUUUUCUUGCUUUCUUUCUUUCUUAUUUCUACUAUCCCAUCUUUUCUUUUCCUUUUUCUCUUACUUUUAACUUUUCUCUUUUUAGCUUUCGUUUUUACUGCUGUUCUUAUUUUUACUUUUCUGUUCUUUCUUCAAAACUUUCAUUUUUCUAGACUGAGUUCUUUCUUUCUUUUUGCAUCCAGUUUUUCUCUUUCUUUUAAUUUCAUGUUUUAUGAUUUUCUUUCAUUUUAUAUUCCCCGUUUUCUACUGUCCAUUAUUUCUUUACUUUGCACUUUGUAUUUCUUUCCUUUUAUUACCUCUCUCUCUCUCUCUCUCUCUCUCUCUCUCUCUCUCUCUCUCUUUCUUUUUUUUUAUCUUCGUAUCCAAUUCUUUCUUUUCGCAUGUUCCCUUUUGCUUUUUACCUUUCUUUUCUUUUUCUUUCUUUAUACAUUUCGAUUUUCUUUCUUUCUUUCUUUCUUUUUGUUUCUUCGUUUCUUUCUUUCUUUCUUUUUUCGUUUCUUUCUUUCUUUCUUUCUUUCUUUCUUUCUUUUCCCCUUUAUGUUAUAUCGCCUCUUUUGUUAUUACUCUUCUGACUGUUCAUUCCUUAUUUGUAGUUCCUACCUCAAGAAAUAUUUCCUUAAUUCCCCUCCCCAUCCAUCUCUUUCUUCUUGA